AUGUCUGCUGAAGACACCCCUGUCUCUCUGUUCCUGCAGGCGUGCAAGCAGGAGGGCGUCAAGACGCCCAAUCCGAAGUUGGUGGAGUUCUUUCAGAGCCAUGAAACUUUUGACAGCAUCCUUGAGAUCGAUCUCAGAAACAACUACGCUGGCAACCGCGGUCUGCUGGCGGUGCUGGACGUCAUUGGGCAUCUGAACUGCUUCCGCUGCCUUAACGCCAUGGACCAGAAGCUAUACAACUCAGACCUCAAUGAGGAGGCUGUCAAGGGCAAUACUGUGAUUGACCGAAUCGUGGAGGUGUUCAGGGCGCACCCCACCGCCAACUCACUCAAACUCAGCAACAACCCCAUCUCGAACUACGCGGGGCGCAAGCUGCUCUCCCUGGCACAGGUGAACAGUCGCAUGUGCCUCAUCGAGGUGAAUGACACCCGUAUAGACUUUGAGCUGCGCAACAAGAUCGCGAAGCAGUGCGAGGAAAACACCCGAAAUAUGUGGAACGCCGAGCAGGAGGUGAGUGAGAAGCCGGACGGCGUAUUUGGCGAGAGCCUGGCGUGGGUGCCGACCCAAGUCACUGCGGACCUGACGUCGCUCGGCGCCGGCCGGGCUCGUCGCCAGACAGUACAGGUCGCGGGCAUUGACCCGGAGGCGGCCAAGAACUACGUGGCACCGGUGUAUGAAAAGUCGCAGGAGGACACGAGCAUGAUUUGCAAGCUGCUGAGCCACAACGUGCUCUUCAGCUUCCUCGGGAGUAAGGACAUCCUAACAGUGGCGGGCGCGAUGUACCGCGUGGAGUUAGUGAAGGACGAGUGCGUCAUCGAGUUCGGCCAGGCCCACUGCGACCGGCUCUACGUUAUUCAGAGCGGCGAGGCCGAUAUCCUCAAGGAGGGUCAAAAGGUGUUCGUCAAGAGGGAGGGCAUGGCGGUGGGUGAGCUCGAGCUGCUCUACGACACGCCCGCCGUAGCAACGGUAAAGGUAUCCACGGAGACACUGGUGGCAUGGGUGCUGGACCGCGAAACAUACCGCAACCUCGUCAUGGGCUCUUGCAUGCGCCGCCGGGACACGUAUGUGUCGAUGCUGGCCAAGGUUCCCUUCUUGCAGAGCCUCGACAUAUACGAGCGCAUGCAGGUCGCAGACGCCCUCACGAGCGACGAGUUCGCCACCGGUGACUACAUCAUUCACUACAACGAGGAGGGUGAGUGGCUUUACAUCAUUAUCGAGGGCACCGUGGAGGUUAUUGGCCGCGAUGAGGCCGGUAACAAGACGAAGGUGUGCGAGUUUCACAGCGGUGACCAUAUUGGCGAGCUCGAGUUCCUCAACAACCACCGGACCGUUGCGGAUGUCGUGGCCGUCACGGACGUCACGACGGCGAAGCUCAACCGCCGACACUUUGAGAUGUGCAUGGGCCCCGUCAUGGAUGUACUGAGGCGGGAUAUGGCCUCCACCAAGUACGAGUACUACCAGCAGUUGCUCCAGCAGCAGAGUGCGGUGGCGGGGCGGCCCAGUAAAAUGACACGUGCGACGGGAAAGGGGUGA